AUGUAAAUAAUACGUAAUAGGAUAUCGUAUCAUAUUCCACGUUUUGGAUUUAAAUAUCUUUGUGACACUACAUUUCUCAACGAAGAACAUUUAUAAAUACAAAAAGUGGCAUUGGAUUUUGCAAAAGAAAAGAUGCUACCAUAUGCAUCUGACUGGGAUAAAAAUAAUUAUCUUCCUAGUUAGGUCCUAAAAGAAUUAAGUGAGAUGGGAUUUGCAACGAUCUAUGUAAAAUAAGAAUUAGGUGGAGUUGGACUGGAUCACCUCUCAGCCAGUGUUAUAUUUGAGGCCCUAUCUUAUGGAGACAUCACUACAACCGCAACUUUGGCAGUGUAGAAUCUAUGCGCCUAUUUAUUGGCAAAUUAUGGGACAGAGGAACAGAGGAAAGUUUGGAUACCUAGAAUAAAUAGUUUUGACGCUUUAGUUGCAUAUUGUUUGACAGAACCUAAUAGUGGGAGUGACAAUAAGAAUAUGGAGACAUAUGCAAAGAAAGAUGGUAAAGAUUACAUUAUAAAUGGAAUAAAAUGCUUUAUUUCUGGAGGGUCUGUGAGUGAUCUAUAUUUGAUAGUUUGUAAGACAUCGGAGAAGGAUGUUUCAAGCAUUCUGGUUGAAAAAGAUACACCAGGAUUGUCAUUUGGUAAAGUGGAGGAUAAAAUGGGUUGGCAUGCUUCCCCAACAACUAGAGUUAUUUUAGAGAAUGUCAGAGUACCGUAGAGUAACUUAGUAGGGAAGGAAGGUCAGGGUUUCAAAAUGGGAAUGAGUGCGUUGGAUGGUGGUAGAAUUAAUAUUUCAUCAUGUUCUUUAGGAGGAGCUUCAUUGGCUUUAGAUCUUGCUAAGGAUUAUUUAUAAGAUCGCAAAUAAUUUGGAUAGUAACUUUCUAAUUUUUAAGGACUGUAGUUUAAAUUUGCUGAUAUGGCAGCAAGUUUAGUAACAUCAAGAUUGAUAGUGAGAUAAGCAGCCAUGAAACUAGAUGAAAAUCAAAUUGAUAAGAGUUUAUAUGUGAGUAUGGCAAAAACGUAUGCUACAGACAGUUGUUUUGAUGUGGCCAAUGAUGCAUUGUAAUUACAUGGAGGAUAUGGAUAUUUAAGGGAAUAUUAGAUUGAAAGGAUUGUGAGAGAUUUGAGAGUUCAUAAGAUUUUGGAGGGGACGAAUGAGAUAAUGAGAAUGAUUAUAGCGAGAAAUCUAUUAAAAUGA